AUGGGCGACAUUUCGAUCCGGGAAUACAUCCGCUGGCUCCCCGACGAUGCCAGUGAGCCGACCUCCACCAUCGUGCUGACCACACCGCAGCGCCGGUUUGUGGACAUUCGCGUCUUAAAGCCACUGCCGUCGGAUCCGGCAUCCGCAGACCCCGUCAUCCCUCCCUCACAACUGGACUGGGCCAUCGCCGGCACCUCCACCUCAUCCUCAAGCAACAUCAACGGCGCAUCCCAUUCACAAUGGCACCACUGGAUCGACUCACGCACUGCCGACGCCGAAUCGGUCGUCGACGAGGGCCACAUGCUUGGCCACCCGUCCGACCCCGCCCUGACACUGGAGAAGGGCCGGAUGGUGAACCCGACCACGGGCGUCGAGACCGAUUACGAGGAGAUGUGGCGCUCUGAGCCGGUGGAGACGGUGCCCUGCGCCGGCGGCGGUGCAGCUGAAGUCACCUGUCUCGCAUUGCACCCGGAAACGAGGCCUCGGAGGGGACUCGUGGUCCGGCUGGGCCAGUACUGCCAGGCGUUUGCGCGCGACGGCGAUCACAUUGCGCUCGAAAGACUGAAAUGGGAUUCUGACCAGCAGAGAUGGGUGAGACAGGUGCGGCUCGGGGAGCAGGAGUUUCCGACCGAUAUGACCACGUAUUUCGCGCACGAGGCCAGUGUCGGCGAUGAGGUAACAAUCGGUGGACGUGUGUGGAAAGUGGUCGAACGAGGUUAG